GUAGAAUUGUCAACAGCUUAAGUUGUUCUGAAGUUGAGAUGUCCUGUGGGACCUUUAAUGUGAACGGGUGUCUGGAAAGUAGGGCUUCAUCUCAAUCUAAUCAUUCAGUAAUUGAAAUUCCAAAUCCUCCCACACAAUCACUUCCGUUGGUUGCCAAAUACAAUCCAAGUACACGACUCUCACUGAAGAAAAGCAAAAGGGGUUUCCGGGCUUUAUUUACUUCAAGGAAAAGCAGACAGGAUAAAGGAACCUCAUGUGGAACUAAAGUAAACAGAGGUGAUUCUAAAUUCUUCAAUGGAAGAAUAACUUUAAGGCCGAGUAAAAGCAUAUCAAAAAGUUCAAAGAUUUUAACUCAUGCUGGUGAUUCAUUAGCACAGUAUUUUACAGAUAGUGACCCACCCUCUGACUCCUCACAUGAGUGCAGCAGCACCCUCUGUGAGGAUGUUGCUUCCCUGAAGAGUUUUGACUCUCUCACGGGCUGUGGAGAGAUCUUUGCUGAUGAGGAAAACACUGACCAACUGGAGACAGUACAUCACAGUAAUGGUGUGACUGAAAGGUGUGAAGAUAAACAGACUCCUUCGGGUGGUUCUUUCCAAGGUGGAGGAGAACAGCUUGCAUCACCAGCCCAGACUGAUAGCCUGGACAUAAAUGGGCUCUGGAAAAAUGUUGACAGCUCUGUGGUAUCAUGCAAAGUAACUCAACAGAGCACUGAAAGCAAACAAGAUACCAAACCAUACUCUUCGGCACUGGAAAGCGAAACCCAAGAGUUGUUUCUUUCUCCUUUAGAGUUUCAAAACAUCACAGAGAAGGAAGACAUUGAGGAGUCGGAGAAGAACUUAGAUGCUUCCAAUGAUCUGGGAACACCACAGAGUGAUCAUCAGGAAUCAACCUCAAACAGUGACGAGGGAUAUUAUGAUUCAUUUACUCCAGGACAAGAUGAGGAGGAAAGCAAGGACUCACAUAAAUCAAGUGUAAGCAGCCAAUUUCCUAGAGAUAGUUAUAGUGGAGAUGCUCUUUAUGAACUCUUCUAUGACCCAACUGAGCCUGGGAUGAGUCCUCUGUUAGAUGAAGUGUCCGGAAUGCCAAAUGAAGUAGCUCCAUCCACUGAAACUCCUUUGUCCAUGCAUAGCUUUUAUGUAGGUGCUGAGGAGAACAUGGCUCCAUCUCCUACUAUGGAUGUGAUCAAUCAGGAAAUCUUUCAGGGGAGUUGGAAAGGAAAAGAGUGUUUAUUAAAACUGUGCAACACUGAACUUUCUUUGGCAAUGGACCUGGUAAACUGUCUUAGACAGAAGUCAGAAACAAAUGAAUUUGGUGUUAAUCUUCAAACUAUUGAAAACCAUGGUCAGUCAAAAACUGAUCUAGUCAGUCUAAGAAAUAUGUCUGCUGGUCAAUCUGGCUACUGUGAUGAGACGGAAGGGGAUCAUGAAGAUGAUGGAGGUACUGACAAUUUAGAAAAGGCCAUAUCAGCAGAACAGAUUGAUGAAACUGAAAAUAAUAUGGAAGCUAAUAAUCAAAAUUCAGCUUCUAUAUGUGAGAAAUUAUACCCAUCAACAGUAAUUAAUGGAGAUGGCUGGUCAUCUAAAUCAACUCCUGGGUAUGACAUUCCUGAGCUCUUAGUGAGUAAUCUGAAUUCCAAAAAUGCUUUUCUUCCAAUUUCUGCAUCAGAAGAACAUGCUUUAAGAAGUAAACCUCACAGAGAACUAAACAGCACAACAAAAGGGACUGCAAAAAAACUGGAAACAAUGAUUGUGAUGGAAAUUAACAAAGCUAUCCUUUGUCCCAAGUGUAGACAAUCUCUGGAAUCUAACUAUGCUGAUGUGGUUUUGUGCUCCAGUUGUUUUGCCAUGGUAGGGCACUGUAAAGCAUCAGAUGUAUCAGGCAGAGUUAGGAAAAAUGUAAAUUAUUCAGCACCAAGUAUGGACCAGAGGAAUGACUCCAAGAGCACACCACUACAAGAGACCGAUAAUUACGUGUCUCAGCUCCUGGAGAAUUGUGUGCAUCGCAUCGCAUCCUUGAAGAUGAGCAGCAGAACUAAUGAGCAGUUCAGCAAUGCAGUUGCCACAGGUGACCCAUUUCAAGGUGACUUUCAGAAUAAAGAGGACAAAUGCAUUGGAACAACUGCUGCAAGACCCACUGAAAACCAUCUACUGAAUUAUGACAGAACAACUUGGCAAAUGAAUGAAGUUCUGACUGAAUAUACGCAGCGCAUCAGUGAGAAGAAUAUAGAAAUGUCUUCAUCUCGAAGCUCUGGAUGUACUACAGUGGAAUCGCCCUACAGAAAUGCUACAAAGCAUUCCAAUUUUGGUGCUCAUAGAUCUAGGUCACUUAACAGAAAAAACAAACAAAAGUCAGUGUCAAAACAACCAAGCAGAUGUCACAGUGCAACCUUUUUAGAGGCUUUUAAUGUCACAAAUCGCUCUGGCGAAUUGCAUUAUGAAAUCAACACUCCUGCAUCAAGUAAAGGUGCUUGUGCCAAGAGGAACAGUCGUCGAACAAGUUUAAGUGAAAAUGCAUAUACACCGUCUCGACCUUGCUGUCUGCCUCUCUCAAAAUCAGUCUGCUCAGACCUGCAAAACUCUUACCUUACAGCCGAAAAUUUCAAAGGUUGCAAAAUGUCUUUGUCCCAUCAAGGGACCCUGAGUUUAGCCCUGUCUCCCAGCUCACCUUCUGUUGCAUCAGUUUCCAGGGACAACAUUUUUGUAUUGCAAGCCACAUGCAGCUACAUUGCACCUCAAGAAGGUUUCAAUUGCAAAGAACGCAAGAAAGACUUCAUGAAAAGCAAAAAGUCGAUCAACUAGUGGGGCUCAUCACACUGCUAAGAAAUCAACAGAAGGGGCUCAUUCUCAUCAAUGACCAUCAGGAAAGAAAGACAAGAAGACAGCAAAAACUCUUUUAUGCUGUAUCAUAAAGCCUAAUCACUAGCCUCCUAACCUGCACAAAUCCUCUAAGUGUUGUUGAUGUGAUCAGACAAAAUGCUUCAUGAAAGUCACAUAGCUAGAAUGAUUUCCAUACCAUCUGGCUUUAGUAGCAACGAACAACUGCUAUUAUUAACCGUAUGAAUCAACUCUAAGGACUUUGACAGUGCUUUGAUUCCUGGCACUGAACAAUGGCAAUGAACAAAAUUGAUAUUGAAAGUUAACUUGUGCUACAGUGUUGGGAUGCUAAUGGGACUCCGAUUCUGAUUGUAUUUUAGAAGGUAUUGUUUAUACCACAUGGAGAUCUCGUUGUUACUGCAGUUAUGUACAUUUAGUAUUCCCGUUACAAUCUAAAGAACCAAAAUAUGUGUUCCCAAUGUCUGGGAUUAAGUGUUGUGUUUGGUUUCAGAAGUGCAACAGCCAUUGGUUUAAUCCCAUUCAUUGGGCGUAUUUAUAAAAAGAUUCCAAUGGCACCUCCCGCUUGAUGUUGGAUGAUUUUUGGUUUGUCACAGUGUUGGCUAAAUCUCAUUGUAUUGUGUAUCUCGAAAAUAAACUUGUGUUAAGUGACACGUGAAGCCAAAACUCUGUGCUCUUAAUUAAAUUUUAAACUAGGGAAGAAAGGCAAAAUCAUAAGCAUUAGUGAGGGAUUCCAUGGAACCUCAAGCUACCUAAUUAGUUUUAAGGAACUGUGGAACAAUACUAAAAAUCAGAUUGCCUUGAUGCCUCUGUAAAACAGUAAAGGAAAGCAAAAAAGAAGCAAUUUUACUAAAAUCGGGGUUAAAAAUGACGACUUUUUGAUUUGGGUCAAAAAGAAAGGUUUAAGUUUGAGCUUUGUUUUCUUUCGAAAUAUUCCAAGUGGUAAUGUUUUGUAUUUCAC